AUCUCCAUCAUUUAGCCAAAGUCACAUUACCUUGACUGGUAGUAAACUCCAGUAUAAUAAUGAAUGUUGUGGAAAUGGAGUGUUUUGCUAUAUAUAAUGUGCCACAGGGUAAUGGGCAGGACAGCAGCAGUGGCAGCUCACACUCAGCCCUUCGUAUGACCCUGGAUGAGCUGCGUCAAGUCAACCGCUACGCUGAGAGUACCAAGAGCCUUUCCUACCUGCCCCAGGUACAUGAAAGACAGACUGAGAGGAUGCGGACACGCAGUGAGUGGUUUUUAUCUCAUUCUCCACAUGCAUCACCAUUAACACCAGUUGAUGUUGAAUGUCAACCUCAUGCUGUUUAUAUACUGCGCUCAGGAUCCAUCAAUAGACCCCCUUCAGGUGGAGGAAGUAGUGAAAAUGUGGGGAGCUCAAUUCGACGUUCAUCUAGUAAGGAUAAAGACCGCAAAUUAGUUCGGCGCUCUUCAAGUAAAAAGGAUAAAGAAAAUGGACAGAAAGGAUCAAGGGGAAGAUCAUCAAGUGCAGAUGUAAAGACCCCAUCACAUGCUGGAGAUUAUAUGUCUAGUCCCCGUCGACUAGCAACUCCCCCAGUACCUGACCCCUCCCCUGCUCUCACUGAUCAUGACUGUACAGAAACAGACGUCCAAAGAGUACACGUUUCCCUUACCUAUAAGCCCAGAAUAUGAGACCAAGCUAAAACUGGGACUUAUUAGGGGUUUAUUAUAUAUUAAAAUACAUCAGGUUGUUCAUAUUUUACCAAACAAGAAAGGUCCAAGUUCCCUGAGAUAUGGUGGACAUUGAUCUUUAUUUAUGUGACACAAGCCAUAGGCACUGCCAUGAUAGCAACAUGUUCUGGAGAGAAUAAGGAGGCAACUGAAGCUUAUAUUCAUCUGCACCACGAGUGAUUCACGUUAAGGGAACAGUUUUCAGUAAUCUUUUGUGAAUAUUGCAUUUUGUGAACUCAUAACAAGCAGCAGUGAAUUAUAUGAAUUUUGUUGAACCAAGGAUCAAAAAUACUUUAGUCAACCUUCAUCCAAUUUUAUUGUCAGUUUGUGACUAGACCUCACAUUGCCCUCCUACUGCCACAUGACUUGUGUAGCAUUAAGUUUUUGAUGACCAAGGCGCUUGAGUUAAGGUGUUAGUGUUUGUCCAAAAGUACAAAUGAGCUUGAGGUUCCCAGGUCAUGACACGGACUGGUUGUGAUAUAGAGAAACACAUUGUUGGAUCUUGCUAGUCAUGCCACCGCCAAAGAGUUUGUAGGACAGAUUACAGUGGUUCCAGCCCUUCUUCAAUAGCAUCUACCAUUCACAAAAUAAUAUUCAAGUACAAGUGAUCAAGGCUUUAACUGCUGGUACCACCUUUUAAAUGUGAUUCGGCUGUCUCAUGUUACAGCAAGUCCACGAACAGACAUGACCUUGCCGACAGAAUGACGUGCCUGGCUGUUUUAUUGUUCUUCUAACUUGAAUCUUUGGGAAAGGAUUGUGUGUGUGUACCUGUCUAAUUACUUCUUGCUUCUCAAUGUGCAGGCAUCCACUGGGAAGCAGCACAUUCCAUUGUACAUGCCACAAAAUUACAACUCCUUGUUUGUGUCAGCAGAAAGUUGCAGCCUGCUGUAAGACCAAUGAUAUAUGAACAAAAAUAUAUGGAAAGAGCUUAGGUUGAUUGGAACUGUCCAAUUCCUGUACAUUAGUGACCGAGUUGGUGUAUGCAAACAUUCCGUCUGAAUCUGGAGAUUUAGGUAGAGGAUUUGUUUCCUGUGCAUAUUAACUGUGAAUCCAAGAUUUGCCACCACCUCUAUACAUAUCCACUCAUUAGCAAAAUGUGCUUAUUUAAAAACAUUAUUUAAAAUACCAGUCGGUGAAGAAAGUCAUAUAGGAGAAUGUGGGCAGUUUUGUCAUUUGACGACUUUUAUGCAUUGCAAAAUAGCACAUCCCAAUAUCUGUAUUGAAGAUAUGUACAACUGCCAUUGAGAAAAACCAGCAGUCUCCCCCAGGAUUGUGUAGCGGAGGUGGUGGUGAAAGGGGGUGUUUGUGUCAUGAUACAGUUGAGGGAGCCUAGGAAUUAAAAUCACUUCAAGGCUCAAGAGAUACUCUACCUGGCCUGUCACAUCUUUCAAGGCAGGUUGCCUUUAAUGUGCAUAUUUUCCAUUUUGAUUAAAAAAAAUAUUAACAGCUGUCAACCCCCAGUUUCUGGUGUGAGCCUCCUCACUGCCAGCAUGGCAUAUGUGUAUGGUCUUUAAUAUCUCAAACAUUUUUAGCAUUGAAAUUGUGUAGAGGAGGGAUCAACUUGAUAAACACUGCCAUUAGCAACACCCCAGGGACAAGAAACGUCAUUUAGUGAUUGUAGGAUGACCAUAGUAUGAAUUGAUAAUUAAUACUGCCCAGAAAUUUGAUGGCUGGCAGGCCACAGUUAAAAACAAAAAAAAAAAAAAUAACUGUUAACACGUGCAUGCACGUACACAAGCAUGCACGUUGUGUGUAUGUGAUUACCUAUUUAAAAACUAGGUAAUUACCUACUGAAAGACAGGUAAUUAUCUAUCAAAAAUAUGUAAUUAAAAAAGGUAAUUACCUAUUUAAAAAAUAGGUAAUUACAGACAUGCGUAAACACACAUGCACACACACGAUAAACACUUAUUAAACACAGGGCAAGUAAGGUUAUAAAGCCAAAUGUCUAAGGUGUCAGCAGCAUCAUCAUCAGCCGGUCACCUCACACAAGUGAUAUUCAUGUGUUCCUACCUCUCUCUUUGCUGCUGGGACACUAUGAUCAUUGGCAAAUGUAUGCCAUGUUAAUGGUUCUACUCUGCCUGCAAUCUUGUGUAUGCUUUUGUAUUGCUAUCAGUAUUUUCAAAAUCCCAUGAUAGGGAUAUAACUUAUUGCAUUUAUAUCAGACUAAAAUUAGAACAUUGGCAGAAAAACUUUUAAAAAGUUAAUCUGACGUUUUCCACAAAGUGGGUGGGGAUUAAUACAAAGUUCAUGGUAUGAAAUUUUUAUGAAAUAUAUCUUUUUUCAAUCUCUGGUCUCCUAACCUGUGACUUCAGUCGUACACAAUUUUAACAUGUUGCAUGUUUAUCAACACUAUUAGUAGUAAGCUUAUUUGUAGGGUUUUGUAUGUGGGUAUGUAAUAGACAUGUGAGAAUGGGGUCUUUCUGAAGGAUGCUGCCAUGUCUUCAGGGUUGCAGCUAGUUGUAAUUUGUAAUACUUAGAGGAAUACCGCAUGAAAAAAAAAUUGGUUUUA